AUGUCCGACGUGUCCAAUGAUAUCACCAUCGCAGGGUACCAUUUCAAACGCCUUCAGCAAGUUGGCCUGCACGCCGUGCAUGGCGUCCCCGGAAAUCACAACAUUGCAGUAUGGAGAGAAGCCGCAGGUGCAGGGCUUGAAUGGGUCGCACACCAUAGCGACCUUAGUGCUGGACUUGCUGCAAAUGGAUAUGCACGAGUCAAGGGCAUCGCCGCUCUGAUGACCUCAUUCGAGAAUAUGCCAUCGACAGUCUCGAUGGCAAUCGCUGCCUCGUACCAUGAUAGAAUCCCAGUUGUGCUUGUGAUUGUUACCCCCCAGUGCAGGACGCACGCUCAGGAUUCCAAAUUCUGUCAUUCAUUCUUCGACGCGCAGCCUGAUUCACAAAUACUCGCUGAUUGGUUCGAGAAGAUCACCAUCAUCCAGGAGUUUCUUGUUCACCCCAGCGAGGCGACUACCCAGAUUGAUACCGCCAUUCGACAAUGUAUCAUGCAGUCUCUCCCUGUUUGCAUCGGAUUGCCUGAAGAUCUGGUCAACCGUAUGGCACCGGCCAAGGGACUUGUUCAGUGCUUGGAUUUCAAUACUCCGCCCCACGAUACUGAGAUGGAGAUAAGGGUAGUUGCCAGUAUCAUGAACAAGAUUAAGCGUGCAGAACGACCAGUGAUUCUCGCGGAUGCGGGUGUUCCAUCCUGUGGUCUUAUUAAGGAAGCAAACCAGCUAGCGAAGAAGACUAAAUUUCCAACUGCUGCGACCCAGUUCAGCAGAGGUGUUGUGGAUGAAUCACUCAAAAACUUCCAUGGGGAUAUUUCGGAUUUCGACAUGUACGGUUUAUACUUCAGAUCUUGCGACUUAAUUCUCCGCAUUGGACCUCUGAAUACAACUGAGUGGGCCAAUCUUGCCGUGUUCGAGGCAAAGACAGCAGAAACCGUCACAUUCAACAGGUGUUCUGUUGUCAUUGGGGACCAAAAAUACGAGCUCUUUUCUAGACCUGUGCUUCAGCAGAUUUUGAACUGCAUAGACGAGAGGGAGCUGCGUGAUCUUAGGACAUAUCCAGAUUUGCCUAAUGUCCGCAACAGCAUUGAAAUGGUUCCGCUUCAGGAAGCGACCGCACCACUUCAACAUGGCAUUUAUUCCACAUUUCGGCGACGGAUGUCUGUUUUCUUCCGUCCGCAUGACAUCAUCUUGACUGAAACCAAAACAGCCCAGGAUGGAGCACGCUCUUUUGUUUUGCCGCGGGAUACAACUCUGAUCAAUCCUGGUGCCCGAGGAUUACCCGGAUACAUGCUUGCUGUCGCCAUGGGUGUUACUCUGGCGCAACAAAGCCUUGCCAAACCACACUACCUGCUCUCACACGGACGAACAAUUCUCUUUGAAGGAGAGAGGGGUUUCCAAAAGGCCCAAAAUGACCUCAGAGCCAUUAUCGACAAAAACCUCAAUCUCAUAAUCUUUGUUAUUAACGAAGGAGAACCCGUUGUUGAAAGUCUAAUGCACGCAAUGGAAUAUCAACGACAAGGUUCUGAUCCCUGGCGAUACUCAGAAUCCGUUUCUUUCUUUGGAACCCCCCAAAACACAUCUUAUCCAGUCUCGAUCACCAUAGCCAGAACAUGGGGGGACUUUGACAUGAUUAUCCAUGAUAAGAUGAUUCGAUCCGGGAGAGGACUACACGUUGUGGAAUUCAUGAUCAAACCCUAG